AUGCGUAAACCAUCAUGUUGUAUUAGUGAAUCAUCAUGUUGUAUUAGUAAACCAUCAUGUUGUAUUAGUAAACCAUCAUGUUGUAUUAGUGAACCAUCAUGUUGUAUUAGUGAACCAUCAUGUUGUAUUAGUGAACCAUUAUGUUGUAUUAGUAAACCAUCAUGUUGUAUUAGUGAACCAUCAUGUUGUAUUAGUGAACCAUCAUGUUGUAUUAGUAAACCAUUGUGUUGUAUUAGUGAACCAUCAUGUUGUAUUAGUAAACCAUCAUGUUGUAUUAGUGAAUCAUCAUGUUGUAUUAGUGAACCAUCAUGUUGUAUUAGUAAACCAUCAUGUUGUAUUAGUAAACCAUCAUGUUGUAUUAGUAAACCAUCAUGUUGUAUUAGUAAACCAUCAUGUUGUAUUAGUAAACCAUCAUGUUGUAUUAGUGAAUCAUCAUGUUGUAUUAGUGAAUCAUCAUGUUGUAUUAGUGAACCAUCAUGUUGUAUUAGUAAACCAUCAUGUUGUAUUAGUAAACCAUCAUGUUGUAUUAGUAAACCAUCAUGUUGUAUUAGUGAAUCAUCAUGUUGUAUUAGUGAAUCAUCAUGUUGUAUUAGUGAACCAUCAUGUUGUAUUAGUAAACCAUCAUGUUGUAUUAGUAAACCAUCAUGUUGUAUUAGUAAACCAUCAUGUUGUAUUAGUAAACCAUCAUGUUGUAUUAGUGAAUCAUCAUGUUGUAUUAGUGAAUCAUCAUGUUGUAUUAGUAAACCAUCAUGUUGUAUUAGUAAACCAUCAUGUUGUAUUAGUAAACCAUCAUGUUGUAUUAGUAAACCAUCAUGUUGUAUUAGUAAACCAUCAUGUUGUAUUAGUAAACCAUCAUGUUGUAUUAGUAAACCAUCAUGUUGUAUUACGGAGACUGCGUUCCUGCGUUGGCAGAGACUGCGCUCCUGCGUUAGCGGAGACUGCGUUCCUGCGUUGGCGGAGACUGCGCUCCUGCAGACUGCGUUCCUGCGUUGGCAGAGACUGCGUUCCUGCGUUGGCAGAGACUGCGUUCCUGCGUUGGCAGAGACUGCGUUCCUGCGUUGGCGGAGACUGCGUUCCUGCGUUAGCGGAGACUGCGUUCCUGCGUUGGCGGAGACUGCGUUCCUGCGUUGGCAGAGACUGCGUUCCUGCGUUGGCAGAGACUGCGUUCCUGCGUUGGCAGAGACUGCGUUCCUGCGUUGGCAGAGACUGCGUUCCUGCGUUAGCGGAGACUGCGUUCCUGCGUUAGCGGAGACUGCGUUCCUGCGUUGGCGGAGACUGCGUUCCUGCGUUAGCGGAGACUGCGUUCCUGCGUUAGAGGAGACUGCGUUCCUGCGUUGGCAGGGACUGCGUUCCUGCGUUAGCGGAGACUGCGUUCCUGUGUUGGCGGAGACUGCGUUCCUGCGUUGGCGGAGACUGCGUUCCUGCCGGAGACUGCGUUCCUGCGUUAGCGGAGACUGCGUUCCUGCGUUGGCGGAGACUGCGCUCCUGCGUUGGCGGAGACUGCGUUCCUGCGUUAGCGGAGACUGCGUUCCUGCGUUAGCGGAGACUGCGUUCCUGCGUUGGCAGAGACUGCGUUCCUGCGUUGGCGGAGACUGCGUUCCUGCGUUAGCGGAGACUGCGUUCCUGCGUUAG